AUGGGGAGAAGUCCAUGCUGCAAUGUGGUUGGUUUGAAGAAAGGAGCGUGGACGAGCGAGGAAGACCAGAAGCUUAUCGCCUACAUUCAAGAGCACGGCGAAGGAGGAUGGCGAACUCUCCCCCAGAAAGCAGGUCUCCAGCGGUGCGGGAAGAGUUGCAGGCUGAGGUGGGCCAACUACCUGAGGCCGGACAUCAAAAGAGGAGAGUUCAGCCCAGAGGAUGAAGAGAGGAUCCUUGAGCUGCACGCCUCCCUUGGCAACAGAUCGAUCUUUGUUAUUAUUGUUUGCAGGUGGUCCGCCAUAGCCAGACAUCUUCCCAGGCGAACGGACAACGAGAUCAAGAAUUAUUGGAACACACAUCUCAAGAAGCGCCUCUUUGAUGCAACCACACACAGACACAGACACAGCCCCACCACCACCACUGCCUCCUCCUCGGCUUCGGCUCCAAGCCGCCGCAUCAACACAGAACAAGCGGGAGCAGAAAACGACGUCGUGCAGCGUCGUCCCAGCUCAUCAUCAGCAAAGCUGCUCAACAAGAUGGCUAGCCGGCUGGCCCACCCGCUGCUGCACUGUCUCGACUCCAUCCUCUCUUUGGCUUCAUCUUCCACCGCAGCGACAUCCUCCCAAGGCCAAAACGAUCCCCCGCCACACACCAACCAUGACCUUGCCUUCCUCGACUCCCUUCUCAAUGAUGAUUCGGCCGACACUAGCAAAGAUCUGCUCCCAGCGUCACACUACGCUUUGGAUGGUCUGUCGACGUCGGCCGGUAGGAAUAACGAUCCCGUGGAUUACGGUGUUGACGAUCAGGUGGUUUCGACUACUGAUGACGCGUAUGCCCAUCACCAGUUUCACUAUCACCACGGAGCUGGAGGAUUAUUGGACGGUGAUGAUGAGCAUGGUAGGACUUUCUUCAAUAAUUACGCCCAUUUCCGUAUCGAUGCGCCUGCCUUUUUUUAA